AUGCGAAUUAGUGCAUUAUUUAUUCCAAUAUUUGGAAUUGCUGCAGUAUCAGCAGCUUGUACUGUCGACGAGGAGACCUGCGACAGUGCCUGUGAUAAUGCCAAUACUGUAAUUAGUGGCUACUAUACUGAUUUCACUUUAUUAGGGAAGGUUGAGGACUAUUAUUGCAAGUUAAAUAAUACUGUUCUUGUAAGCGGCAGUUAUGUAGACAUGGAUGGAACACUUCUUUCAGUUGUCACUGCUUGCCGCUAUUGUUUUGACAACAAAGUCAUUACUGAUUCAUCAAACUACGAAUAUUACGAAGGUUGGAUAAAUCAAUGUUACGACGAGAGGUCUGACGAAAUUCCAAGUAACAUAGAUACCCAGUGUAUUUGUGACGUUGGUGAUAUUACAGAAUCUAAUUGCAGUGAUAUGUGUGGUACAGCUGAAGAUUAUUCGGUAAAUUUAGUAAGUUUGGUCACUUGUGGAGUUGUCGAUAAUGUUGUUAAAAGAAAUGUGGUUGGCUGUCUGUUAUGUGGUACUGUCUCAAGUUCGGCUAGUACGUUUUGUGAUUCCGCCUGGACUGCACUACUGUGUGUAGUUGGAACUCUAGUAUCGGUCUUGUCAGAAAUUUUGGAUGUGAUAGGAGAGUUGUUGACUACUGUCUUGUCAGUUGUUGUAGGGUUGUUGGACGAAUGCGAUUUUGAUACCGAAAAUUUAUGCAGUAUCUCGUCAUGUACAUUAGAUGGAUUAGAUACAGAUACUUGUAACUCAUAUUGUUCAACUACUAACACAUGGUUAGAAGGAAGUGAAUUAAGUGGAAAAUCUUGCGACGAUCUAUCAAUGUCAGAAAAACAAGUUGUUGGAGGAUGUUUAAUGUGUGGAUCAAUUAUUGGAUAUGAAACAACAAAUACAGUUCUAACUAAUGUAGCAAAUGUUAUUGAUACGACCUGUAUAAGCGAAAUGCAGAAUGCGGUAUGCAAUGGGGAUUAUAUUGAGUCAAUAUCUGAUUCAUCAAUGGACGCAGUUUCCGAAGCAGAGCAAUCAUCAGAAGAUGCAGUAGAAGAUGCAUCCUCUUCAUCUGAAGCAGCAGCAGAUGAAGCAUCCUCUUCAUCUGAAGAUGCCGCUAACGACAAGGCGUCAUCAUCGUCUGAGGAUGCCGCAGAUGAUGCCUCGUCUUCUUCUGAAGCCGCCGCUGAUGAGGCUUCUUCAUCUUCUGAGGAUGCUGCUGAUGAUGCUUCUUCUUCUUCCGAAGCGGCCGCUGAUGAUGCUUCUUCAUCUUCUGAGGAUGCUGCUGAUGAUGCCUCUUCUUCUUCCGAAGCGGCCGCUGAUGAUGCAUCUUCAUCUUCUGAGGACGCUGCUGAUGAUGCCUCUUCUUCUUCUGAGGACGCUGCUGAUGAUGCCUCUUCUUCUUCCGAAGCCGCCGCUGAUGAUGCCUCUUCUUCUUCUGAGGACGCCGCUGAUGAUGCCUCUUCUUCUUCUGAGGACGCCGCUGAUGAUGCUUCAUCAUCUUCUGAGGACGCCGCUGAUGACGCUUCUUCUUCGUCUGAGGACGCCGCUGAUGAUGCCUCUUCAUCUUCUGAAGACGCAGCUGAUGAUGCCUCUUCAUCUUCUGAAGCGGCCGCUGAUGAUGCCUCUUCAUCUUCUGAAGACGCAGCUGAUGAUGCCUCUUCUUCUUCCGAAGCGGCCGCUGAUGAUGCUUCUUCAUCUUCUGAGGACGCCGCUGAUGACGCUUCUUCUUCGUCUGAGGACGCCGCUGAUGAUGCCUCUUCAUCUUCUGAAGACGCAGCUGAUGAUGCCUCUUCAUCUUCUGAAGCGGCCGCUGAUGAUGCCUCUUCAUCUUCUGAAGACGCAGCUGAUGAUGCCUCUUCUUCUUCCGAAGCGGCCGCUGAUGAUGCUUCUUCAUCUUCUGAGGACGCCGCUGAUGAUGCCUCUUCUUCUUCUGAGGACGCUGCUGAUGAUGCUUCUUCUUCUUCUGAAGCCGCCGCUGAUGAUGCUUCUUCUUCUUCUGAGGACGCUGCUGAUGAUGCUUCUUCUUCUUCCGAAGCCGCCGCUGAUGAUGCCUCUUCAUCUUCUGAGGACGCAGCUGAUGAUGCUUCUUCUUCUUCUGAGGACGCCGCUGAUGAUGCCUCUUCUUCUUCCGAAGCCGCCGCUGAUGAUGCCUCGUCUUCUUCUGAAGCGGCCGCUGAUGAUGCCUCGUCUUCUUCUGAGGACGCCGCUGAUGAUGCCUCUUCUUCAUCUGAAGGCGCCGCUGAUGAUGCCUCGUCUUCUUCUGAGGACGCUGCUGAUGAUGCUUCUUCUUCUUCCGAAGCCGCCGCUGAUGAUGCUUCUUCAUCUUCUGAGGACGCUGCUGAUGAUGCCUCUUCAUCUUCUGAAGCCGCCGCUGAUGAUGCUUCAUCAUCUUCUGAGGACGCAGCUGAUGAUGCUUCUUCUUCUUCCGAAGCCGCUGCUGAUGAUGCCUCUUCAUCUUCUGAAGCCGCCGCUGAUGAUGCCUCGUCUUCUUCUGAAGCCGCCGCUGAUGAUGCCUCGUCUUCUUCUGAGGACGCAGCUGAUGAUGCUUCUUCUUCUUCCGAAGCCGCCGCUGAUGAUGCCUCGUCUUCUUCUGAGGACGCUGCUGAUGAUGCCUCGUCUUCUUCAGAAGCGGCCGCUGAUGAUGCUUCUUCAUCUUCUGAGGAUGCUGCUGAUGAUGCCUCUUCUUCUUCCGAAGCGGCCGCUGAUGAUGCAUCUUCAUCUUCUGAGGACGCUGCUGAUGAUGCCUCUUCUUCUUCUGAGGACGCUGCUGAUGAUGCCUCUUCUUCUUCCGAAGCCGCCGCUGAUGAUGCCUCUUCUUCUUCUGAGGACGCCGCUGAUGAUGCCUCUUCUUCUUCUGAGGACGCUGCUGAUGAUGCUUCUUCUUCUUCCGAAGCCGCCGCUGAUGAUGCUUCUUCAUCUUCUGAGGACGCUGCUGAUGAUGCCUCUUCUUCUUCUGAGGACGCUGCUGAUGAUGCUUCUUCUUCGUCUGAGGACGCCGCUGAUGAUGCCUCUUCAUCUUCUGAAGCCGCCGCUGAUGAUGCUUCUUCUUCUUCCGAAGCCGCCGCUGAUGAUGCCUCUUCAUCUUCUGAAGCCGCCGCUGAUGAUGCCUCGUCUUCUUCUGAAGCCGCCGCUGAUGAUGCCUCUUCUUCUUCUGAGGAUGCUGCUGAUGAUGCCUCGUCUUCUUCUGAAGCCGCCGCUGAUGAUGCUUCUUCAUCUUCUGAGGACGCUGCUGAUGAUGCUUCUUCUUCUUCCGAAGCCGCCGCUGAUGAUGCUUCAUCAUCUUCUGAGGACGCAGCUGAUGAUGCUUCUUCUUCUUCCGAAGCCGCCGCUGAUGAUGCUUCUUCAUCUUCUGAGGACGCAGCUGAUGAUGCUUCUUCUUCUUCCGAAGCCGCCGCUGAUGAUGCCUCGUCUUCUUCUGAAGCCGCCGCUGAUGAUGCUUCUUCUUCUUCUGAGGAUGCUGCUGAUGAUGCUUCUUCAUCUUCUGAGGACGCUGCUGAUGAUGCCUCGUCUUCUUCAGAAGCGGCCGCUGAUGAUGCUUCUUCAUCUUCUGAGGACGCAGCUGAUGAUGCUUCUUCUUCUUCCGAAGCCGCCGCUGAUGAUGCUUCAUCAUCUUCUGAGGACGCAGCUGAUGAUGCUUCUUCAUCUUCUGAAGCCGCCGCUGAUGAUGCUUCAUCAUCUUCUGAGGACGCCGCUGAUGAUGCUUCAUCAUCUUCUGAGGAUGCUGCUGAUGAUGCCUCUUCAUCUUCUGAUGCCGCCGCUGAUGAUGCCUCGUCUUCUUCUGAAGACGCAGCUGAUGAUGCCUCUUCAUCUUCUGAAGCCGCCGCUGAUGAUGCCUCGUCUUCUUCUGAGGACGCUGCUGAUGAUGCCUCGUCUUCUUCUGAAGCCGCCGCUGAUGAUGCCUCGUCUUCUUCUGAAGCCGCCGCUGAUGAUGCCUCGUCUUCUUCUGAAGCGGCCGCUGAUGAUGCUUCUUCUUCUUCCGAAGCGGCCGCUGAUGAUGCUUCAUCAUCUUCUGAGGACGCCGCUGAUGACGCUUCUUCUUCGUCUGAGGACGCCGCUGAUGAUGCCUCUUCUUCUUCUGAGGACGCAGCUGAUGAUGCUUCUUCUUCUUCCGAAGCCGCCGCUGAUGAUGCUUCAUCAUCUUCUGAGGACGCUGUUGAUGAUGCCUCGUCUUCUUCUGAAGCGGCCGCUGAUGAUGCUUCUUCAUCUUCUGAGGACGCCGCUGAUGACGCUUCUUCUUCGUCUGAGGACGCCGCUGAUGAUGCCUCUUCUUCUUCUGAGGACGCAGCUGAUGAUGCUUCUUCUUCUUCCGAAGCCGCCGCUGAUGAUGCCUCGUCUUCUUCUGAAGCCGCCGCUGAUGAUGCCUCGUCUUCUUCUGAAGCCGCCGCUGAUGAUGCCUCGUCUUCUUCUGAGGACGCUGCUGAUGAUGCUUCUUCUUCUUCCGAAGCCGCCGCUGAUGAUGCCUCGUCUUCUUCUGAGGACGCUGCUGAUGAUGCCUCUUCUUCUUCUGAAGCCGCCGCUGAUGAUGCUUCUUCUUCUUCUGAGGACGCUGCUGAUGAUGCCUCUUCAUCUUCUGAAGCCGCCGCUGAUGAUGCCUCGUCUUCUUCUGAGGACGCUGCUGAUGAUGCUUCUUCUUCUUCCGAAGCCGCUGCUGAUGAUGCCUCUUCUUCUUCCGAAGCCGCCGCUGAUGAUGCCUCGUCUUCUUCUGAAGCCGCCGCUGAUGAGGCUUCUUCAUCUUCUGAGGAUGCUGCUGAUGAUGCUUCUUCUUCUUCCGAAGCGGCCGCUGAUGAUGCUUCUUCAUCUUCUGAGGAUGCUGCUGAUGAUGCCUCUUCUUCUUCCGAAGCGGCCGCUGAUGAUGCAUCUUCAUCUUCUGAGGACGCUGCUGAUGAUGCCUCUUCUUCUUCUGAGGACGCUGCUGAUGAUGCCUCUUCUUCUUCCGAAGCCGCCGCUGAUGAUGCCUCUUCUUCUUCUGAGGACGCCGCUGAUGAUGCCUCUUCUUCUUCUGAGGACGCCGCUGAUGAUGCUUCAUCAUCUUCUGAGGACGCCGCUGAUGACGCUUCUUCUUCGUCUGAGGACGCCGCUGAUGAUGCCUCUUCAUCUUCUGAAGACGCAGCUGAUGAUGCAUCUUCAUCUUCUGAGGACGCUGCUGAUGAUGCCUCGUCUUCUUCUGAAGCCGCCGCUGAUGAUGCCUCGUCUUCUUCUGAGGACGCUGCUGAUGAUGCUUCUUCAUCUUCUGAGGACGCCGCUGAUGAUGCCUCUUCUUCUUCUGAGGACGCUGCUGAUGAUGCUUCUUCUUCUUCCGAAGCGGCCGCUGAUGAUGCCUCUUCAUCUUCUGAAGACGCAGCUGAUGAUGCCUCUUCUUCUUCCGAAGCCGCCGCUGAUGAGGCUUCUUCAUCUUCUGAGGAUGCUGCUGAUGAUGCUUCUUCUUCUUCCGAAGCGGCCGCUGAUGAUGCCUCUUCAUCUUCUGAAGACGCAGCUGAUGAUGCCUCUUCUUCUUCCGAAGCGGCCGCUGAUGAUGCUUCUUCAUCUUCUGAGGACGCCGCUGAUGACGCUUCUUCUUCGUCUGAAGACGCCGCUGAUGAUGCCUCUUCUUCUUCUGAAGCCGCCGCUGAUGAUGCUUCUUCAUCUUCUGAGGACGCCGCUGAUGAUGCCUCUUCUUCUUCUGAGGACGCUGCUGAUGAUGCUUCUUCUUCUUCCGAAGCGGCCGCUGAUGAUGCUUCUUCAUCUUCUGAGGACGCCGCUGAUGAUGCCUCUUCUUCUUCCGAAGCCGCCGCUGAUGAUGCCUCUUCAUCUUCUGAAGCGGCCGCUGAUGAUGCCUCGUCUUCUUCUGAGGACGCCGCUGAUGAUGCCUCUUCUUCAUCUGAAGGCGCCGCUGAUGAUGCCUCGUCUUCUUCUGAGGACGCCGCUGAUGACGCUUCUUCUUCGUCUGAAGACGCCGCUGAUGAUGCUUCUUCUUCUUCUGAAGCCGCUGCUGAUGAUGCCUCUUCAUCUUCUGAAGCCGCCGCUGAUGAUGCCUCGUCUUCUUCUGAGGACGCUGCUGAUGAUGCUUCUUCUUCUUCCGAAGCCGCUGCUGAUGAUGCUUCUUCUUCUUCCGAAGCCGCCGCUGAUGAUGCCUCUUCUUCUUCUGAAGCCGCCGCUGAUGAUGCCUCUUCUUCUUCUGAGGACGCCGCUGAUGAUGCCUCGUCUUCUUCUGAGGACGCCGCUGAUGAUGCCUCUUCUUCUUCCGAAGCCGCCGCUGAUGAUGCUUCAUCAUCUUCUGAGGACGCUGCUAAUGAUGCCUCUUCUUCUUCUGAAGACGCAGCUGAUGAUGCUUCUUCUUCUUCCGAAGCCGCCGCUGAUGAUGCCUCUUCUUCUUCUGAGGACGCUGCUGAUGAUGCUUCUUCUUCGUCUGAGGACGCCGCUGAUGAUGCUUCUUCUUCUUCCGAAGCGGCCGCUGAUGAUGCUUCAUCAUCUUCUGAGGACGCCGCUGAUGACGCUUCUUCUUCGUCUGAGGACGCCGCUGAUGAUGCCUCUUCUUCUUCUGAGGACGCUGCUGAUGAUGCUUCUUCUUCUUCUGAGGACGCCGCUGAUGAUGCUUCUUCAUCUUCUGAGGACGCUGCUGAUGAUGCUUCUUCUUCUUCCGAAGCCGCCGCUGAUGAUGCCUCUUCUUCUUCUGAGGACGCUGCUGAUGAUGCCUCGUCUUCUUCUGAAGCCGCCGCUGAUGAUGCCUCGUCUUCUUCUGAGGACGCUGCUGAUGAUGCUUCUUCUUCUUCCGAAGCCGCCGCUGAUGAUGCUUCUUCUUCUUCUGAGGACGCCGCUGAUGAUGCCUCCUCUUCUUCCGAAGCGGCCGCUGAUGAUGCUUCAUCAUCUUCUGAGGACGCUGCUAAUGAUGCCUCUUCUUCUUCUGAGGACGCAGCUGAUGAUGCUUCUUCUUCUUCCGAAGCGGCCGCUGAUGAUGCUUCUUCUUCUUCCGAAGCGGCCGCUGAUGAUGCUUCAUCAUCUUCUGAGGACGCCGCUGAUGACGCUUCUUCUUCUUCUGAGGACGCUGCUGAUGAUGCUUCUUCUUCUUCCGAAGCCGCCGCUGAUGAUGCCUCUUCAUCUUCUGAAGCCGCCGCUGAUGAUGCCUCGUCUUCUUCUGAAGCCGCCGCUGAUGAUGCCUCGUCUUCUUCUGAAGCCGCCGCUGAUGAUGCCUCGUCUUCUUCUGAGGACGCUGCUGAUGAUGCUUCUUCUUCUUCCGAAGCCGCUGCUGAUGAUGCUUCUUCUUCUUCCGAAGCCGCCGCUGAUGAUGCCUCUUCAUCUUCUGAAGCGGCCGCUGAUGAUGCCUCUUCAUCUUCUGAAGCCGCCGCUGAUGAUGCUUCUUCUUCUUCCGAAGCCGCCGCUGAUGAUGCCUCUUCAUCUUCUGAAGCCGCCGCUGAUGAUGCCUCGUCUUCUUCUGAAGACGCUGCUGAUGAUGCCUCUUCUUCUUCCGAAGCCGCCGCUGAUGAUGCCUCGUCUUCUUCUGAAGCCGCCGCUGAUGAUGCCUCGUCUUCUUCUGAGGACGCUGCUGAUGAUGCCUCGUCUUCUUCUGAGGACGCUGCUGAUGAUGCUUCUUCUUCUUCCGAAGCCGCCGCUGAUGAUGCCUCUUCUUCUUCUGAGGACGCUGCUGAUGAUGCCUCGUCUUCUUCUGAAGCCGCCGCUGAUGAUGCCUCGUCUUCUUCUGAGGACGCUGCUGAUGAUGCUUCUUCUUCUUCCGAAGCCGCCGCUGAUGAUGCUUCUUCUUCUUCUGAGGACGCCGCUGAUGAUGCUUCUUCUUCUUCAGAAGCGGCCGCUGAUGAUGCUUCAUCAUCUUCUGAGGAUGCUGCUGAUGAUGCCUCUUCUUCUUCUGAGGACGCUGCUGAUGAUGCCUCUUCUUCUUCUGAGGAUGCUGCUGAUGAUGCCUCUUCUUCUUCCGAAGCCGCCGCUGAUGAUGCCUCGUCUUCUUCUGAGGACGCUGCUGAUGAUGCCUCGUCUUCUUCCGAAGCGGCCGCUGAUGAUGCUUCAUCAUCUUCUGAAGCGGCCGCUGAUGAUGCUUCUUCUUCUUCUGAAGACGCCGCUGAUGAUGCCUCUUCUUCUUCUGAGGACGCAGCUGAUGAUGCUUCUUCUUCUUCCGAAGCCGCCGCUGAUGAUGCCUCUUCUUCUUCUGAGGACGCUGCUGAUGAUGCUUCUUCUUCGUCUGAGGACGCCGCUGAUGAUGCCUCUUCAUCUUCUGAAGCCGCCGCUGAUGAUGCUUCUUCUUCUUCCGAAGCCGCCGCUGAUGAUGCCUCUUCAUCUUCUGAAGCCGCCGCUGAUGAUGCCUCUUCUUCUUCUGAGGACGCUGCUGAUGAUGCCUCUUCUUCUUCCGAAGCCGCCGCUGAUGAUGCCUCUUCUUCUUCUGAGGACGCCGCUGAUGAUGCCUCUUCUUCUUCUGAGGACGCCGCUGAUGAUGCUUCAUCAUCUUCUGAGGACGCCGCUGAUGACGCUUCUUCUUCUUCUGAGGAUGCUGCUGAUGAUGCUUCUUCAUCUUCUGAGGACGCUGCUGAUGAUGCCUCGUCUUCUUCAGAAGCGGCCGCUGAUGAUGCUUCUUCAUCUUCUGAGGACGCAGCUGAUGAUGCUUCUUCUUCUUCCGAAGCCGCCGCUGAUGAUGCUUCAUCAUCUUCUGAAGACGCAGCUGAUGAUGCUUCUUCAUCUUCUGAAGCCGCCGCUGAUGAUGCUUCAUCAUCUUCUGAGGACGCCGCUGAUGAUGCUUCAUCAUCUUCUGAGGAUGCUGCUGAUGAUGCCUCUUCAUCUUCUGAAGCCGCCGCUGAUGAUGCCUCGUCUUCUUCUGAGGACGCUGCUGAUGAUGCCUCGUCUUCUUCUGGAAAGCCGCCGCUGAUGAUGCCUCCCGCCGCUGAUGAUGCCUCUUCUUCUUCUGAGGACGCUGCUGAUGAUGCCUCUUCUUCUUCCGAAGCCGCCGCUGAUGAUGCCUCUUCUUCUUCUGAGGACGCAGCUGAUGAUGCCUCUUCAUCUUCUGAAGCCGCCGCUGAUGAUGCUUCUUCAUCUUCUGAGGACGCUGCUGAUGAUGCCUCUUCUUCUUCUGAAGCCGCCGCUGAUGAUGCUUCUUCUUCUUCUGAGGACGCUGCUGAUGAUGCCUCUUCAUCUUCUGAAGCCGCCGCUGAUGAUGCCUCGUCUUCUUCUGAGGACGCAGCUGAUGAUGCUUCUUCUUCUUCCGAAGCCGCCGCUGAUGAUGCCUCGUCUUCUUCUGAGGACGCAGCUGAUGAUGCUUCUUCUUCUUCCGAAGCCGCCGCUGAUGAUGCCUCGUCUUCUUCUGAGGACGCUGCUGAUGAUGCCUCGUCUUCUUCAGAAGCCGCCGCUGAUGAUGCCUCGUCUUCUUCUGAGUACGCUGCUGAUGAUGCUUCUUCUUCUUCCGAAGCCGCCGCUGAUGAUGCCUCGUCUUCUUCUGAGGACGCUGCUGAUGAUGCUUCUUCUUCUUCCGAAGCCGCCGCUGAUGAUGCUUCUUCUUCUUCUGAGGACGCCGCUGAUGAUGCCUCCUCUUCUUCCGAAGCGGCCGCUGAUGAUGCUUCAUCAUCUUCUGAGGACGCUGCUAAUGAUGCCUCUUCUUCUUCUGAGGACGCAGCUGAUGAUGCUUCUUCUUCUUCCGAAGCGGCCGCUGAUGAUGCUUCUUCUUCUUCCGAAGCGGCCGCUGAUGAUGCUUCAUCAUCUUCUGAGGACGCCGCUGAUGACGCUUCUUCUUCUUCUGAGGACGCUGCUGAUGAUGCUUCUUCUUCUUCCGAAGCCGCCGCUGAUGAUGCCUCUUCAUCUUCUGAAGCCGCCGCUGAUGAUGCCUCGUCUUCUUCUGAAGCCGCCGCUGAUGAUGCCUCGUCUUCUUCUGAAGCCGCCGCUGAUGAUGCCUCGUCUUCUUCUGAGGACGCUGCUGAUGAUGCUUCUUCUUCUUCCGAAGCCGCUGCUGAUGAUGCUUCUUCUUCUUCCGAAGCCGCCGCUGAUGAUGCCUCUUCAUCUUCUGAAGCGGCCGCUGAUGAUGCCUCGUCUUCUUCUGAAGCCGCCGCUGAUGAUGCCUCGUCUUCUUCUGAGGACGCUGCUGAUGAUGCCUCUUCUUCUUCCGAAGCGGCCGCUGAUGAUGCUUCUUCAUCUUCUGAGGACGCUGCUGAUGAUGCCUCUUCAUCUUCUGAAGCCGCCGCUGAUGAUGCCUCGUCUUCUUCUGAGGACGCAGCUGAUGAUGCUUCUUCUUCUUCCGAAGCCGCCGCUGAUGAUGCCUCGUCUUCUUCUGAGGACGCAGCUGAUGAUGCUUCUUCUUCUUCCGAAGCCGCCGCUGAUGAUGCCUCGUCUUCUUCUGAGGACGCUGCUGAUGAUGCCUCGUCUUCUUCAGAAGCGGCCGCUGAUGAUGCCUCGUCUUCUUCCGAAGCGGCCGCUGAUGAUGCUUCUUCAUCUUCUGAGGACGCCGCUGAUGACGCUUCUUCUUCGUCUGAGGACGCCGCUGAUGAUGCCUCGUCUUCUUCUGAGGACGCCGCUGAUGAUGCCUCGUCUUCUUCUGAGGACGCCGCUGAUGAUGCCUCUUCUUCUUCCGAAGCCGCCGCUGAUGAUGCCUCUUCAUCUUCUGAGGACGCAGCUGAUGAUGCUUCUUCUUCUUCUGAGGACGCCGCUGAUGAUGCCUCUUCUUCUUCUGAAGCCGCCGCUGAUGAUGCCUCGUCUUCUUCUGAAGACGCUGCUGAUGAUGCUUCUUCUUCUUCCGAAGCGGCCGCUGAUGAUGCCUCGUCUUCUUCUGAGGACGCUGCUGAUGAUGCCUCUUCUUCUUCUGAGGACGCCGCUGAUGAUGCUUCAUCAUCUUCUGAGGACGCCGCUGAUGACGCUUCUUCUUCGUCUGAAGACGCCGCUGAUGAUGCCUCGUCUUCUUCUGAAGACGCAGCUGAUGAUGCCUCUUCAUCUUCUGAAGCCGCCGCUGAUGAUGCUUCAUCAUCUUCUGAGGACGCAGCUGAUGAUGCUUCUUCUUCUUCCGAAGCGGCCGCUGAUGAUGCUUCUUCAUCUUCUGAGGACGCUGCUGAUGAUGCCUCGUCUUCUUCUGAAGCCGCCGCUGAUGAUGCCUCGUCUUCUUCUGAGGACGCUGCUGAUGAUGCGUCUUCUUCUUCUGAAGCCGCCGCUGAUGAUGCUUCUUCUUCUUCUGAGGACGCUGCUGAUGAUGCCUCGUCUUCUUCUGAAGCCGCCGCUGAUGAUGCCUCGUCUUCUUCUGAGGACGCUGCUGAUGAUGCUUCUUCUUCUUCCGAAGCCGCUGCUGAUGAUGCUUCUUCUUCUUCCGAAGCCGCCGCUGAUGAUGCCUCUUCUUCUUCUGAAGCCGCCGCUGAUGAUGCCUCUUCUUCUUCUGAGGACGCCGCUGAUGAUGCCUCGUCUUCUUCUGAGGACGCCGCUGAUGAUGCCUCUUCUUCUUCCGAAGCCGCCGCUGAUGAUGCCUCUUCAUCUUCUGAGGACGCAGCUGAUGAUGCUUCUUCUUCUUCUGAGGACGCCGCUGAUGAUGCCUCGUCUUCUUCUGAGGACGCAGCUGAUGAUGCUUCUUCUUCUUCCGAAGCCGCCGCUGAUGAUGCUUCUUCAUCUUCUGAGGACGCAGCUGAUGAUGCUUCUUCUUCUUCCGAAGCCGCCGCUGAUGAUGCCUCGUCUUCUUCUGAAGCCGCCGCUGAUGAUGCUUCUUCUUCUUCUGAGGAUGCUGCUGAUGAUGCUUCUUCAUCUUCUGAGGACGCUGCUGAUGAUGCCUCGUCUUCUUCAGAAGCGGCCGCUGAUGAUGCUUCUUCAUCUUCUGAGGACGCUACUGAUGAUGCUUCUUCUUCUUCCGAAGCCGCCGCUGAUGAUGCCUCUUCUUCUUCUGAGGACGCUGCUGAUGAUGCCUCGUCUUCUUCUGAGGACGCUGCUGAUGAUGCUUCUUCUUCUUCUGAGGACGCCGCUGAUGAUGCCUCGUCUUCUUCUGAGGACGCUGCUGAUGAUGCCUCGUCUUCUUCUGAAGCGGCCGCUGAUGAUGCUUCAUCAUCUUCUGAAGCGGCCGCUGAUGAUGCCUCGUCUUCUUCUGAGGACGCCGCUGAUGAUGCUUCUUCUUCUUCAGAAGCGGCCGCUGAUGAUGCCUCUUCAUCUUCUGAUGCCGCCGCUGAUGAUGCCUCGUCUUCUUCUGAGGACGCUGCUGAUGAUGCCUCUUCUUCUUCCGAAGCGGCCGCUGAUGAUGCCUCGUCUUCUUCUGAGGACGCUGCUGAUGAUGGUUCUUCUUCUUCCGAAGCCGCCGCUGAUGAUGCCUCGUCUUCUUCUGAGGACGCCGCUGAUGAUGCCUCUUCAUCUUCCGAAGCCGCCGCUGAUGAUGCUUCAUCAUCUUCUGAGGACGCUGCUGAUAAAGCUUCUUCUUCUUCCGAAGCCGCCGCUGAUGAUGCCUCGUCUUCUUCUGAGGACGCUGCUGAUGAUGCUUCUUCUUCUUCCGAAGCCGCCGCUGAUGAUGCCUCUUCUUCUUCUGAGGACGCUGCUGAUGAUGCUUCUUCUUCUUCCGAAGCCGCCGCUGAUGAUGCCUCGUCUUCUUCUGAGGACGCUGCUGAUGAUGCUUCUUCUUCUUCCGAAGCCGCCGCUGAUGAUGCUUCUUCUUCUUCUGAGGACGCCGCUGAUGAUGCUUCUUCUUCUUCAGAAGCGGCCGCUGAUGAUGCUUCAUCAUCUUCUGAGGAUGCUGCUGAUGAUGCCUCUUCUUCUUCUGAGGACGCUGCUGAUGAUGCCUCGUCUUCUUCUGAAGCCGCCGCUGAUGAUGCCUCGUCUUCUUCUGAGGACGCUGCUGAUGAUGGUUCUUCUUCUUCCGAAGCCGCCGCUGAUGAUGCCUCGUCUUCUUCUGAGGACGCUGCUGAUGAUGCCUCUUCAUCUUCUGAAGCCGCCGCUGAUGAUGCUUCUUCUUCUUCUGAUGACGCUGCUGAUGAUGCCUCUUCUUCUUCCGAAGCCGCCGCUGAUGAUGCCUCGUCUUCUUCUGAAGCCGCCGCUGAUGAUGCCUCGUCUUCUUCUGAGGACGCUGCUGAUGAUGCCUCGUCUUCUUCUGAGGACGCUGCUGAUGAUGCUUCUUCUUCUUCCGAAGCCGCCGCUGAUGAUGCCUCUUCUUCUUCUGAGGACGCUGCUGAUGAUGCCUCGUCUUCUUCUGAAGCCGCCGCUGAUGAUGCCUCGUCUUCUUCUGAGGACGCUGCUGAUGAUGCUUCUUCUUCUUCCGAAGCCGCCGCUGAUGAUGCUUCUUCUUCUUCUGAGGACGCCGCUGAUGAUGCUUCUUCUUCUUCAGAAGCGGCCGCUGAUGAUGCUUCAUCAUCUUCUGAGGAUGCUGCUGAUGAUGCCUCUUCUUCUUCUGAGGACGCUGCUGAUGAUGCCUCUUCUUCUUCUGAGGAUGCUGCUGAUGAUGGUUCUUCUUCUUCCGAAGCCGCCGCUGAUGAUGCCUCGUCUUCUUCUGAGGACGCUGCUGAUGAUGCCUCGUCUUCUUCCGAAGCGGCCGCUGAUGAUGCUUCAUCAUCUUCUGAGGACGCUGCUGAUGAUGCCUCGUCUUCUUCUGAAGCGGCCGCUGAUGAUGCUUCAUCAUCUUCUGAAGCCGCCGCUGAUGAUGCUUCUUCUUCUUCUGAAGACGCUGCUGAUGAUGCUUCUUCUUCUUCCGAAGCCGCCGCUGAUGAUGCCUCUUCUUCUUCUGAAGCGGCCGCUGAUGAUGCCUCGUCUUCUUCUGAGGACGCCGCUGAUGAUGCCUCGUCUUCUUCUGAGGACGCUGCUGAUGAUGCCUCGUCUUCUUCUGAAGCGGCCGCUGAUGAUGCUUCAUCAUCUUCUGAAGCGGCCGCUGAUGAUGCUUCAUCAUCUUCUGAGGACGCAGCUGAUGAUGCUUCUUCUUCUUCCGAAGCCGCCGCUGAUGAUGCCUCUUCUUCUUCUGAAGCGGCCGCUGAUGAUGCCUCUUCUUCUUCUGAGGACGCUGCUGAUGAUGCCUCUUCUUCUUCUGAGGACGCUGCUGAUGAUGGUUCUUCUUCUUCUGAAGCCGCCGCUGAUGAUGCUUCAUCAUCUUCUGAGGAUGCUGCUGAUGAUGCCUCUUCAUCUUCUGAGGACGCAGCUGAUGAUGCCUCUUCUUCUUCUGAAGCCGCCGCUGAUGAUGCUUCUUCUUCUUCCGAAGCGGCCGCUGAUGAUGCCUCGUCUUCUUCUGAGGACGCUGCUGAUGAUGCUUCUUCUUCUUCCGAAGCGGCCGCUGAUGAUGCCUCGUCUUCUUCUGAGGACGCUACUGAUGAUGCCUCGUCUUCUUCUGAAGCCGCCGCUGAUGAUGCCUCGUCUUCUUCUGAGGACGCUGCUGAUGAUGCCUCGUCUUCUUCUGAAGCCGCCGCUGAUGAUGCCUCGUCUUCUUCUGAGGACGCUGCUGAUGAUGCUUCUUCUUCUUCCGAAGCGGCCGCUGAUGAUGCCUCGUCUUCUUCUGAGGACGCUGCUGAUGAUGCCUCGUCUUCUUCUGAGGACGCUGCUGAUGAUGGUUCUUCUUCUUCCGAAGCCGCCGCUGAUGAUGCCUCGUCUUCUUCUGAGGACGCCGCUGAUGAUGCUUCAUCAUCUUCUGAGGACGCAGCUGAUGAUGCUUCUUCUUCUUCCGAAGCCGCCGCUGAUGAUGCCUCUUCUUCUUCUGAGGACGCUGCUGAUGAUGCUUCUUCUUCGUCUGAGGACGCCGCUGAUGAUGCCUCUUCAUCUUCUGAAGCCGCCGCUGAUGAUGCUUCUUCUUCGUCUGAAGCCGCCGCUGAUGAUGCCUCUUCUUCUUCUGAGGUCGCCGCUGAUGACGCUUCUUCUUCGUCUGAGGACGCCGCUGAUGAUGCCUCGUCUUCUUCUGAGGACGCUGCUGAUGAUGCUUCUUCUUCUUCUGAAGCGGCCGCUGAUGAUGCUUCUUCAUCUUCUGAGGACGCUGCUGAUGAUGCCUCGUCUUCUUCUGAAGCCGCCGCUGAUGAUGCCUCUUCUUCUUCUCAGGACGCUGCUGAUGAUGCUUCUUCUUCUUCCGAAGCGGCCGCUGAUGAUGCCUCGUCUUCUUCUGAAGCGGCCGCUGAUGAUGCUUCUUCUUCUUCCGAAGCCGCCGCUGAUGAUGCUUCUUCAUCUUCUGAGGACGCUGCUGAUGAUGCCUCUUCUUCUUCUGAGGACGCUGCUGAUGAUGGUUCUUCUUCUUCCGAAGCGGCCGCUGAUGAUGCCUCUUCAUCUUCUGAAGCAGCCGCUGAUGAUGCCUCUUCUUCUUACGUAGCCGCCGCAGAUGAUGCUUCUUUAUCUUCUGAACCCGCAGCUGAUGAUGCUUCUUCUUCAUCCGAAGCUGCUGCUGAUGAUGCUUCUUCAUCUUCUAAAGCCGCCGCAGAUGAUGCUUUAUCUUCAUCUGUAGCCGUAGCUGAUGGUGCUUCGUCCUCGUCUGAGGAAGCUGCCGAUGACUCCUCUUCCUCUUAUGAGGAUGUUGCUGAUGGUGCUUCUUUAUCUUUGUUUUCUGAAUCUGCUUCCAUUUCGGAAUCUUUUAAAUCUGAUUCAGAGUCUUCUCCUUUUAUUUCAGAAUCAGAUUCUCUUUCUAUUUCUGAAUCAUCUGCCUCAGUCUCAGUUUCUGAAUCGGAAUCUGUUUCUAUUUCGAAAUCUUCUGCGUCAGAUUUAGUUUCUGAAUCUUCAAUUUCUGUAUCUUCAGAAUCAGAAUCUGUAUCUGUUUCUAUUUUGGAAUCUUCUGCCUCGGCCUUAGUUUCUGAAUCGGAAUCUGUUUCUAUUUCUGAAUCAUCUGCCCCAGUCUCAGUUUCUGGAUCAGAAUCCGUUUCUAUUAUGGAAUUUUCUGCCUCAGAUUUAGUUUCUGAAUCUUCAAUUUCUGUUUCUUCAGAAUCAGAAUCUGUUUCUGUUUCUAUUUUGGAAUCAUCUCCCUCAGUCUCAGUUUCUGAAUCGGAAUCUGAUUCUAUUUCGGAAUCUUCUGCCUCAGAUUUAGUUUCUGAAUCUUCAGUUUCUGAAUCUUCAGAAUCAGAAUCGGAUUCUGUUUCUAUUUCUGAAUCAUCUGCCCCAGUCUCAGUUUCUGGAUCAGAAUCCGUUUCUAUUAUGGAAUUUUCUGCCUCAGAUUUAGUUUCUGAAUCUUCAAUUUCUGUUUCUUCAGAAUCAGAAUCUGUUUCUGUUUCUAUUUUGGAAUCAUCUCCCUCAGUCUCAGUUUCUGAAUCGGAAUCUGAUUCUAUUUCGGAAUCUUCUGCCUCAGAUUUAGUUUCUGAAUCUUCAGUUUCUGAAUCUUCAGAAUCAGAAUCGGAUUCUGUUUCUAUUUCUGAAUCAUCUGCCCCAGUCUCAGUUUCUGGAUCAGAAUCCGUUUCUAUUUCGGAAUCUUCUGUCUCAGAUUUAGUUUCUCAAUCUUCAGUUUCUGUAUCUUCAGAAUCAGAAUCUGCUUCUGUUUCUAUUUUGGAAUCUUCUGCCUCGGCCUCAGUUUCUGAAUCUUCUUCUGAAUCUGUUUCUAUUUCAGAAUUUUCGGAAUUAGAAUCUUCAGAAUCUGCUUCUGUUUCUGUUUCUGAAUCUUCUUCUGAAUCUGUUUCUAUUUCAGAAUUUUCGGAAUUAGAAUCUUCAGAAUCUGCUUCUGUUUCUGUUUCUGAAUCUGUACCCGUUUCUAUUUCGGAAUCUUCUGAACCUGUUUCUGCUUCUAAAUCUGUUUUUGAAUCUUCUCAAUCUGUUUCUAUUUCUGAAUCUUCUGAAUCCACUUCUGUUUCUGUUUCUGAGUUUUCUGAAUCUUUAUCCAUUUCUGAAUUAUCUCUUUCUCAAUCUAUCACUGAAGGUUCGACUUUAACAGAAAAAUUUUCUGUACCUAUUUCUUCAGCGGCCUCGAUUUACUGUAUUCUACCCAUGAAACGUGAUGCUUCUUAUGAUUCCUGUUUAUCAGCUUGUGGUGUUGUGUCUAGUACUGUUGAAGAUCAUGGUGAUUCCUGCCCUGUUUUGUCUUCGAUUGUUGAUGCUUACUCAGUUUGUUAUCAAUGUCUGUCAAUCUACGAUUCCGGUCUUGAUCUCAGUCAAUCAGUCAUUACUGCAUUUGAAGAUUGCGAUCUUGAAAUUAUCGUUUGGUGUCCUGAAGAUUCAACUGAAUCCUCAUCUUUCAGUGUUCCUCUUGAAACUGGAGAAACUGGAAUGUCUUCAUUUACAGCAUCCGAAGUUGAAUCUUCUCCUUCACCUUCUUUGUCUUCAUUCGAGGGCACUUCUGAGGCUGGCUCUGAAUCUCUAUUUUCAAGUUCCUUAUCAUCAUCAUUUUCUGUAGAGAUUUCAGAGUCUUCUACUUACUUUGAGUCGGAAUCUCUUGAAACUUCUUUAUCUUUGUCUUUGUCUUCGACUUUUGUCUUUACUCCUUCGACGAAGCCCUCUUGGAAUUCCACCUUCACAACUUCAGUUUCCAGUUCUAGUACCUCUGGUAUUGGCCCUCAGUCACCAAGUUCUACCAUUACAUCUGUUGCCACACAAACUUCCUUUACUUCAUAUACUACGGUAAUUGGAUCUCAGACUCUCACUGUUACUAUUCCUUGUGAUGAUUGUACCCCUAUUACUUCGACAAGCUCUUACACAGGAUACACCACCUAUACAACUGUUAUUUCUGGUGAAACUACCAUUGUCACAGAGCCUUGUGAGAAAUGUACGGCAACAUCUUCCACGGAAUUCACUAUCUCUUCAAUAGACUCACACACCGAAUACACUACGUAUACCACGGUCGUCGGUGGAGAGACUACUACUGUUACGGAGCCUUGUGAGAAAUGUAUCUCUACUUCUUCUGAAACAAGUUCUGUUUCUUCGACAAGUUUUCACACUGAAUUCACCACUUAUACGACAGUCAUCGGUUCUCAGACUCUUACUGUUACUAUUCCUUGUGAAGAUUGCACAGCUACUACUCCGUCAAGUUCUUAUUCCCAAUACAAUACAUAUACAACAAUUAUUGGUGGUGAGACCAAGACUGUCACCGAGUCCAGCGAAUCUACUCCUUCCCAACCUUUCGUUACAUCUCCUAUCAUCACAGGUUUUACAACCGUCAAUAGUGGUACUACUUUUAGUCUUAUUGAAUCUUCGGAAACCCUGAUUUUUUCUGGUUCAGAGUCUUCCUUGUUUACUAUUUCAGCAAAUACCGCUCCAUCGAAGGCUACUUUCUUGACAUCCGAAACUGGUACUAAUCUUCCUGAACAAUCAACAGAAGUUACUACUUUAUCUGAGGCAGCUUCAAAUUCUGUUAAGUCCUCGUCCUUUAUAACAUUUACGUCUGUUAUUGGCGAAACUACAGUUAUCAUGACAGCUUCACAGGAAUCUGCUCCUGUUAUUUCUGUGUCUAGCAUCCCUAUUAGCUCUGGAGUUGAAACUGUUUCAGGUAUUUAUUCUAGUGCGGUUUCUGAAAUUUCUGUUAAGUCCUCGUCCUUUAUAACAUUUACGUCUGUUAUUGGCGAAACUACAGUUAUCAUGACAGCUUCACAGGAAUCUGCUCCUGUUAUUUCUGUGUCUAGCAUUCCUAUUAGCUCUGGAGUUGAAAUUGUUUCAAGUAUUUAUUCUAGUGCAGUUUCUGAAGCACAACCAAGCAGCAGUUCUUUAGUUUCAACCAAUAUUCUUGGUUCUGAAAUAACAUCAAUUACCGCUGAAUCUAAAACUGGAACACUUUCUGUUCAUGAAUCAUCUUUUGUUUCUUUUCAAUUUGUCUCUGGUUCUGGCUCUGAGAUUGUGUCUUCCCUUGAGACAUUCACAUUUGAAAAUUCCUUGCUAUCUGGCAUUGUUUCUGCUUCAUCUUCAAUUCCAGAAACUCCUUCAUUGUCUACAUCUGUUGCAUCCUCGCCUUCUAUUAAUGAGGGUUCUUCAUCACUUAUUUCUUCUGCGACAUCAUCUUCUGGAUCUCUGGAGUUGUCGUCUUACACAACCUUCACUAUUGUUACUGAGGGUGUCACUCUUACAUUGACGGAGAGUUUUGUGGAAAAUCACCCUACUACCGAGUCGACUAGUUCUUCUCUUUCAGUUUCGACCUCGACUUCGACUUCGACUUCCCAGUCCUCAGUUGCUCUGGUGAACACCCAAAAUACAUUGCCAGCUGUUUCUUCUUCUCUCCCGUCCCAAUACCAACCCAAUUCUAGCUCAGGUGGAGUUGAGCAAGUUAAUUCAGCCCAGACAAAUAUUGCACCUGUGAAUCUUAGUUUGGCUCUAGUUAUGAUUUUGCUUCUUUUUAUGAUGUGA